CCGGCAGCGUGGCGGAAACAUCCUCGCCCUUUCGCGCCCUUUCACGACUCCUGCGCGCCGCGCGGCGGCAGUGUGGCCGCCAUGGCGUCGCCCUUCAGCGGGGUCUUGCAGCUGACGGAUCUGGAUGACUUCAUCGGGCCGUCCCAGGACUGCGUCAAGCCGGUGCAGGUGGAUGCGAGGCCGGGGCGCGGCGCGGCCAAGCGCCUCAUCCAGGACGACGGCAGCUACGUCCAGGUCCAGCAGGACGGCGGGACGCGCCGGCUGGACAAGGCCCGGGUCUCCCUGGACGACUGCCUGGCCUGCAGCGGCUGCGUCACGUCCGCCGAGACGGUGCUCAUCACCCAGCAGAGCCACGCGGAGCUGCGGAAGGUUCUGGAAGCCAACAGGGUGGUGGAGCCUGCCCAGCACAGGCUUGUGGUGGUCUCCCUUUCACCCCAGUCGGCGGCAUCCCUGGCUGUCCACUUCCGGCUGACGCUGGUGGACACUGCCCAGAAGCUGACGUCCUUCCUCAAGCAGAUGGGCGUGCACUCUGUAUUUGACACAGCCUUCGCCAGGAACUUCAGCCUCCUGGAGAGCCAGCGGGAGUUUGUGCAGCGGUUCCGGCACCAGACACUGCCCGUGCUGGCCUCUGCCUGCCCAGGCUGGAUCUGCUACGCGGAGAAGACACACGGCAGCUUCCUGCUCCCCUACCUCAGCACGGUCCGCUCCCCGCAGCAGGUCAUGGGCGCCCUGCUCAAGGACUUCUGGGCCCAGCAGCAGCAUGUGGCCCCCGACCGGAUCUACCAUGUCUCGGUGAUGCCCUGCUAUGACAAGAAGCUGGAAGCCUCACGGCCGGACUUCUUUGACCAGGAGCAUCAAACCCGGGAUGUAGACUGCGUGCUCACCACAGGCGAAGUCCUCAGGCUGCUGGAGGAAGAGGGGGUCUCGCUGUCGGAGUUGGAGCCGGCUCCCUUGGACAGCCUGUCCGCGCACUGCUCAGCUGAGGAGCCCAGCAGGCAUCGGGGUGGGGGCUCAGGCGGCUACCUGGAGCAUGUCUUCCGGCAUGCAGCCCGGGAGCUCUUUGGGGUUCAGGAGGCGGACGUCACCUACAGACCCCUCAGGAACAAGGACUUCCAGGAGGUGACCCUGGAGAGGGAGGGCCAGGUGCUGCUGCGCUUUGCCUCAGCCUAUGGCUUCCGCAACAUCCAGAACCUGGUGCAGCGGCUCAGGCGGGGCCGCUGCCCUUACCACUACGUGGAGGUCAUGGCCUGCCCCUCAGGCUGCCUCAACGGUGGCGGGCAGCUCAAGGCCCCAGCUGGGCCUGGCCGGGAGCUGCUGCAGCAGGUGGAGAAGCUGUACAAUGAAGUCAGAGUGCAGGCGCCCGAGGAUGUGGCCGGUGUGCGGGCACUCUACGCCGAGUGGCUGCAGGGUGAGGACUCGGCCCGGGCCCGCCGCCUACUGCACACCCAGUACCAUGCCGUGGAGAAGGCCAGCUCCGGCCUCAGCAUCAGGUGGUAGGACUGGAUGCCUGAGAAGGUCACCACAGCGACAGGGCCCCGUGUGGAGCAGGAGGCUGGGCUGGGGACAGCCCUUGGGUUCCACACCCUGCUGAUGGGUCAGAGGCCAGACAAGGAGGCUGUUCUGGAAGCCUGUGUCCAGGCGGGCUCCAAGCAG